AUGCAGGAUAUAGAGACGCUCGGGAGUGCUGCUGCAGCGACUCUAGCGUGUGGCGCGACGGAGUCCUCGGCCACGGCCAAUGCUCUGAGACCGUCGUCCAUUCGCACGAGCGUCUUCGACAUGUACAAGAUCGGUCCCGGCCCCUCUAGUUCACACACCAUUGGGCCGAUGAAAAUCUGUAAUGACUUCCUGAAGGAGGUCAAAAACUGCUUUCUACCUACCCUCGAGCGGACCUCGAAAUCUAACGGAACCCUCAACAAUCCGCCGGGUGGCCCGUCGCCAGUCGGCAGCAAUGGUCACACACAUGACCAAGCUCUUGAGGAGAUAGUUAUUCUGGGCGAAACUCAAAACGAAGUGAUGGAGGGAGAGUAUCAGAUUGCAAUCCACCUGUUUGGGUCCCUAUCGGCUACCGGGCUGGGUCAUGGGACACAUACGGCAGUUAUCGGCGGUUUGUUGGGCUGGGAGCCGAUGACAUGCGACCCAGUUGCAUUGCCGCUGUUGUUGACCGAGCGAGGCGCGCUCUACGACUUUCCUGUGCCUGAACUGAAGAUUAAGAUGGGCGCUGAGCACAUCGUCUGGCACGAUCCCUGUGAUAUCAGCGAGCUAUACCACCCGAACACGCUCCGACUCCAAAUUCUGCGGGGCCCCGACGUCUGCUUCGAACGAGAGUACUACUCCGUCGGAGGUGGCUUCAUCGAGCGAAAAGGCGGCAUGCCCGAAGACUUCCGCGAAGAAGAACCGGUCUACCCCUACACCUCCUUCGAACAAGUGGUUGACCACCUGAAAGAGCGCACCGACUCCCGCGAACCUGACUCCAAGGAGCACGACUCCAAGGAGCACGACUCCAAGGAGCACGACUCCCACAAAUCCGGCUCCCAGGACCCUGACUCCCAGGAGUCCGGCUCUAAGGAACCCGGGACCAAGAAGACUGGAGAGUACGACCGGCAGUGCAGCGUCACCAGUCUUGAUACUGAGGCUUGCUCGCCCUGCGGCGGCACGCCUGAGUUUGAAACUGGAGCAAAACCGAGCGGCUGGGCAGACGCCAAGCCUAACGCGCUUGGCGAGCUGUUGACGCUGCUGCCUACAGGGGGCUGUCCAAAGAGCCUGGGAGGCACCUUGAUGGCGGAGUCCGCGGAGGCGGAGUCAAGGGUGAAAGCCAGUCCGAGUACGGAGUUUUUGGGAGGCUGUUUGUCUGAGGGCCAGCUGGGCAAGUUCAUGAACGCUUGCGGUGGCGCCAGCGACGUCUCGGGCUCGUGGACUCGAGGCAUUGACGUGGUGGAGCUGAUGUUGCGGAACGAGGAGAAGUUGACGGGGAUGGGUCGCGAGGAGAUAUUGGAGGGAGUGCGCAAGAUCAUAGAAGUGAUGGAUCGGUCGGUGGAGCGAGGAUUGUCGUGUGAGGGUACGUUGCCGGGACCAAUUCAGUUGAAGCGGAAGGCGGCGUGUGUGUUCGAGCGCGCGACUCGACGCUCCGGACGUAGCGUGGUGUGUGCGAACGACUUGGGGUUAUUGAAUGCUUAUGCCAUGGCCGCGAGUGAGGAGAACGCGGCGGGCAUGUUGGUGGUGACGGCGCCCACGAGCGGAUCUUCAGGAGUGAUUCCGGGAUUGUUGUAUUUUAUGAAGAAACACAUGGGUGUGUGCGAAAGCGUGCGCGAAAGAAGUCUAGUGUGCGGCUGUCUCUUCGGGUUUCUCAUCAAACACAAUGCCAGUAUUUCCGGAGCGGAGAUGGGCUGUAUGGGAGAGAUCGGCGUGGCAAGUGCCAUGGGUGCCGCAAUGCUGGCCUACGCUCAAGAUUGCACACUACGAGAGGUCGAAGCCGCCGCUGAAAUCGCAUUGGAACAUCACUUUGGUGUGACCUGCGACCCCAUCGGCGGUUACGUCCAAAUCCCCUGCAUCCAACGUAAUUCUAUGGGAGCCGUCAAAGCCUACAACGCUUUCAUACUCGCCACCGGCUCCGACCCUGACCAUCAAAAAAUCAAUUUCGACGGAGCCGUCCAGGUCAUGAACCAAACCGGACGCGACAUGCACAAGGACUACAAGGAGACCAGCCAAGGUGGCCUUGCCAAACUCAACGUCGUCCCGUGCUGA